CACCAGAGAAAGCAUACUGGAGUAAGGCCGUUUUCCUGCAACGAAUGUGACAAGACGUUCACAACUAAGCAAAAUAUGAAACGUCACCUGUUGAGCCACACAGGGGAGAAACCUUUUGCAUGUGAUCUGUGUGAGAAAAGUUUCACAGAGAAGAAAAGCUUGAUUAUUCACAAGAGGACUCACACGGGAGAGAAACCCUAUGUGUGUAAGAUUUGUAGCCGAGGCUUCACACAGAGUAUUACACUGCAGACACACAUGAUGAUACACACAGGCGAUAAGAAACACUUGUGUGAGCUGUGUGGAAAGUCCUUCAGACAACGUGCAAAUCUCCUCUCGCACAAAAAACGUCACCUGGAACAGAAAGCUUACAACUGUCCAGACUGUAGCUUCUCGUUCUUCACUAAAGGUGAACUAGAUCGCCACAUCCUGCGACAUACGGGAGAAAAGCCAUUCCAAUGCGACAUAUGUCCGAAACGCUUCACUCGACAACAAUACCUCAAUGAGCACCUUAACAUUCACAUCGGCAACAAGCCUUACAGUUGUAACAAGUGUGAGGAGAAAUUCCACGACCAGUCCACCUACCAUCGCCACCUGAAGAAGCACAAGCCGAAAAAGGAAGAGGUAGUUAAAGACGAGGUCGAAACCUUGACGACUGCUAAUAACAACACAACAACAACUUAUGUGAUGGAGACAAACAGUUUACUUGGUCCGGACACACUAGAACAGUUACAGGCUGUCAUUAAUAACGAAGUUGAGAAGAUACAAAAUCAAUCCGGCUCCAGCCAACAGUAUCAGACAGUCAUCCUGAAAGGCAGUAGUGCCCAGCCAGUGGAGUCGCUGGGCGAGGUGAUAAAGGGCACAGGUGACAUCAAGGAUAGUGCUAAUGAUCAGGUGUAUCAGAUCACCAUGGUGGACCAAUCACAGGAGGUGGUUGCCACUGUAGACUUCUCGGCGUUUAAUCUUCUAGCUAAUGCCACUGCUAAACAGUACGCUAUAUCAUCUGAGUAGUGUAGAGGGAGACAUGUUGAACUUCUCGGCAGACUUCUGACCAACACCAACGUUUUAAGUAGGCUAUAUCAUCUAACCAGUGGUUGGGUAGAACUGGCAAAAUUCAGAGCACUCAGACAUCUGACCAGCUCAAGCUCUUAAAGUAGGCUAAGUCAUCGAGUCAUGUUGAACUUCUCGGCAUUCAAUUUUCAAACUAAUGUGAACACCAAUAUAUAUAUUCAUUGUUUGGGCUAACACAUUACUGCUAAAAAGUGUUCUACUAAAACUUUCAAAUAACAUUAAAAGUCAAGAUUACUGCUGCUGUUCAUAUUUCUAGUAGGUACAUUA